AUGCUAACCAUCAGGUUUUCAAACAAGAAGAUGUGUAAUCAAAUAAAACUGGCGUCUUUAACUGAUCGUGUUCUUGAUGGUAGUGGUUGCCCUGUGCAGCCUACCAAUGAACCACUACCUCCUAAACGUCAGGCAGUAGUUGAGCGUUUAAGAAGACGAAUUGAAGGUUAUCGUCGUCACCAAAAUAACUGUAUACCAAGGUUUGAUCACUCUUUCAAUGGUGUUGUUGAACAAAAUUUGCAAGAUACCCUUGUGCUCAAGCAGCGAUUUCUUGAAAAUAAGCCCAAAAGGCCAGUUAAAAAAUCAGAAAAGAAGCCUGCUGAAAAUUCAAUGCCCAAUAAUAUAUCAUUGGCAAAAUUUCCUAAAUGCAGUGCUCCAGAUGAUAACAAUGAUAAUUUUGCAGAUGCCUCUAAAUCACAACAAAAACAUGAAAAUAUGACCAAAUUUUCUGUUGAAAUAGUUCAGCAAUUAGAAUUCACUACAACUUCUACUAAUUCUCAAAUUUCAACAAAUGUAACUGUCAAAGCUCUUAAUACAUCAGUUAAAGGUGAUGUCCCUAAUUCUCCUCAGUCUCCUAGAAAUUUGAAUAUUAUUGAAUGUAAGCAAGAACCAGAGAACAUCGAAUUUGUUGACUUGGAGCAAUGUGCUGCGGCAUUAGAAAAAGAUGCUGCUGCUAAUGGAGGUAACUCAUUUCCAGGACUUUCAGACCUUAUAGGUGAUGAUACAAAUGAUGCCAUUAGUUCUGAUGCUUUUAAAGAUCUUAUUUCUGAAAUAUCUGAAUAUAAUCCAGAAUUCAUGAAAGAUUUUGAUUUUGAUGGAGGUGAAUCAAAAAGAAAUGAAGAACAACAGAAGAUGGAUUUAUUGAAAAAUCAACCUCAGGUAUCGGGAGCCAAUGUACAAACUGUAUUGAGUCAACAGCGAUUGUGUGGAAGUAAUCUUGAAAUGGCUAAACCUGAGCUAAGCCCGGCAGCUCAGACAUUAAAAAAUAUGGCUGAGCAGCACCAACACAAAGCACAAAUGGGAAUUGGUUUUAAUCCUCGCAUUAAUCAAAAACCUUAUGAGUUUCAAUACAGUGGAACAACUGAAUUUAUUAAUCAACCUGUUAAUCAAACCAAUUUUAAAGUAUCUUCUUCAUAUCCUACUGAUGGGAUUAAACAAGAGAGUUUUUCUGCUCAAAAUUCACCUGUAGCUUAUACUGGUAGUCCUAGUGGUAAAACACCCUCACCUCAACGAAUUAAUAAUCAAUAUAAACAGGUUUAUCAAUUCACUGGUCAAAUGAGUCCUCAACCUCAGUAUAGACCCCAACAACCUGUAAAAUUAGACUAUUCAAAAAAUCAACUAUCACAUCAGUCAAUGAUUACCUUUUCACAAGCUGGUAUGUUGCAGCCUAUGCCUCCUUCAGGUCCAAUGUUGCGGGCACCUCAGCCUCAGUAUUUGCCUAGAUAUAACCUAUCAAUUCCCAGAGCUAGUUAUACUAAAGCCCCCCGUCUUCCUCAGCAAGAACCAACAUGGAUGAUUCAGAGACCUCAACAAGAUUUUAUUUCAGAGGCUCAUAUUAAUCAGUUGCAAAUGUCACGUAUGCAGCAACAGAUCCAAAUGAAUCAAGUUCGUGUUCAUCAGAGUAUGUCAGCACUUAGCCGCUCUGGUACAGUACCAUUUUCUUCAGCCUACACCAAUACAAAUACUAAUUAUGCUCAGUCAAAUUUCAAUAUGCAUCAGAAUUUUACUCAGCAGAACUCGCUUGCUCCAGAAUUUAGUCUUGAUUUUCUAGAACAACUACCUCAUUCUGAUGCAACAAAUUUUUCCGAUCAGGAACUUUUUAGUUCUCUUGAUACUGGAACAAAUUUCAACUUUGACAUUUUGUAA